CCGGGGCCCCCAGGAUGGGGAAGGAGGCGGCCUCCCCCCCGGGGUGCUGGUGAACUGGCCCGAGGGCGUGCAACGUCAUGGGUCACGGGCCCCCCACGUUUCUCCCUGGGCCCCGAGCAGGAUUGUGGGAGGACUGCAGGCGUGGCCGCCAACCUGAGGAUUCAAAGUCUGCGGGGCAGCUGCUGUUCUGGAAGUCAGAACCGCUGGGCCCUGGCCUGAGGGACCGGUCCCGCAGUCUCUGGGCAGAGAUUUCACUCGAUUUCAGAAUGUCUUUCCUUCUGGUGUGUGUCAACCUGCUUCUGCUUCUUCGUGGAAUCGCGUCUACAGAAGAGGUACGUGCUCACCCAUUCACCGAUGUGAUCCUUUCCUGUGAAUUCUCCUUUAUAGACGGCACAGAAAACCUCGAGUUCUCUUGGGAAAGGGAAGACCUCAUAGAGGAAUACGAUACCACCGAUGAAGACUUCUUCCGUUUUUACAAGUACUACGACUUCUUCCAGGUUUUCACAAAGGUGGUCUACCAGUUUCACAACAACACAGAGCAGCUAGAGGAGCAGAAUGCCUUGUACGAAGGAAGAGUCUCUGUGGAUCAGGAAGAAAUUUCUGACGGGGUCCUAUCCCUGCUCCUGAGAAACGUGGACUUCCUGGACGAAGCUCUGUACAAGUGCUCAGCUGUCUCACCAGACGGGAGAGGAGAGAUUACAGUCAAGCUAACAGUGGAAGAUUCUGAAAUGCCCCAGGUGCAGUUUGCCAAGAUGGAUGAAGAGGAUGUGGUCACGUGCACAUCCAAGGGCUGGUACUUGACGCCCAAUGUGACCUGGCUGGACCGGGGAGAGAGGAACCUGAGCAACCACAGCACCGUGGAGAUCCUGGAGGAGCAGAUGAACGGCCUGCACCGAGUGUUCUCCGUCCUCAAGUACCCGGUCAAGUUACAUGAGAAAUACUUCUGCUACAUAACCGAGACGGAUGAGAACCAUCGGCCCUUCAGAGCCAUCCGGAGGUACCCAAAGAGCAAAUUUCCCCAACAUGACUACUAUUAGGAGAGUUGGAUGACAUCUGCCUAAGGACCUGUCUUGCCUGUAGUCAAUGGAACUCCGGGAUUUCUCAUGUGGGGAUGUACUUUUGUCCUGG